AUGGGUUGCUUCGGAUCAAAACCAAAGAAAGAAAGUAAUGAAAACAAUAAACCAAAGGUAGAGAAGAAAACUACUACUGAAAUGAAACAAGCUGACAAUAAACCAAAAGACCAAAAAGUAGAUACUAAAACAACAAAUAAUAAUAAACCAGCAGAAGGAACCCAUGUCCCUAAACCAAAGGGAGAUGCACCAGUUAUUGAAGAUAGACCAAAUGGAAAGAAAGAAGUUGUAUCAGGUGAUAAGAGUAUUCUUCUUGAUGAAAUCUAUAAAAAACAUUACGCUGGUGUUGACAAAGCUCAUGACGAAGUUGAAGAAGCAAAACAAGCAUGGUUGGCUGCUAAAGAAAAGAAAGAUCCAAACACUCAAAAAUUAAAUCAAGUUUUCCAAGACAAAAAGGCUAACUUUGAAAAAGUUAAAGAACAAGCUCAUCGUGCUGCUUUUAAAGAAGUUCAAAUUUAUAUGGUUGAUGAAGAUGCUAUUGAUUUGCAUGGACUUCAAAUUGAAGGAGCAAUUAUGAUGAUGAAAGAAGAAGUUGCAGCUAGAAGAAAAGCUGGAAAGAAAAUAUUAAAAAUUCAAUGUGGAAUGGGACAUCACAAUACUGUUGGAUAUUCUAAGAUUAAAGAGGAAGUUGUAAAACAACUUAAGGAAAUGGGUGAAAAGUUUACUGAAGAUAAAGAUCACGGAUUCGUUAAUGUUGAACUUUAA